AUGGCAAGCAGUUCAAGUAUAAGUUAUGUUACGGAGGGCACGAAAUGGAUGUCCGAUCAGAUCACUGGUAAUACCAAAGAGCUUGUCGCAAGGUUCUACGAACUCGCAGACUCUAAGCAGUCAGAUGCGGGCCAGCUCAUGGCAACCGAAGUUUUCUCCGAAGACGCUGCACUAUCAACACCCGGAGGGACUUUCAAAGGGUUUACAGAAAUAUCCAAGUGCCGAGAUCAUGCUUGGGAUACUGUGACCUUAAGAAGACACACACUGUCCAAGGUCUUUGCAGGCCACGGAGACGAGGAAGAGCUAGCGCUCUUUGGGACUGUGCGAAUGACUUUUGUCAAGGGAGAGAGCCAAGACUCUGAAUUUGUGGCCCACGUGAAGCUCGGAUCUGAAUCAUCUACAUCCCAACCUCGCAUCAGUAGCAUGGAGAUUACGUCUCCUAGUUCUGCGUAG